UUUGGACGUGGAGUCAAUCGGGACCUUUGAUCCUCCUGAACCAGCUGAUUUCCUCGGCGUCACCAUGAGUCGUAAACUGGACAUAAAGUCAGUUUUAGUUUCUGUCUUCGACCGGAGAGACGGCGUCUUGCUCUGAGACACAGUGCUGAAGCCUUCUGGAUCCACGGCGCCGCCGUCAUGGGGGAGUGGGGCUUCCUCGGCGGACUCUUCGACAACCUGCAGGCGCACUCGCCCAUGCUGGGCCGCUUCUGGCUGCUGCUGAUGCUGGUGUUCCGGAUCCUCAUCCUGGGCACGGUGGCCAGCGACCUGUUCGAGGACGAGCAGGAGGAGUUCGCCUGCAACACGCUGCAGCCGGGCUGCAAGCAGGUGUGCUACGACAUGGCCUUCCCCAUCUCCCAGUACCGCUUCUGGGUGUUCCACAUCGUCCUCAUCGCCACGCCGUCGCUGCUCUUCCUCAUGUACGCCACUCACCACCACAACAAGAGGACCGGCCGGGGCGGGGGCGGGGGCGUACGGACGCCGAGCCAGGAGUUCAGGGAGGACCAGCACUUCCGGAAGCUGUACGUGGUCAACGUGACGUUCCGGCUGGUGGCGGAGGUGGGCUUCCUGGUGGGGCAGUGGUGGCUGUACGGCUUCAAGGUGGAGGCGCAGUUCCCCUGCAGCCGCUUCCCCUGCCCCUACACGGUGGACUGCUUCACCUCCCGUCCGGCCGAGAAGACCGUCUUCCUCUGCUUCUACUUCGGCGUGGGGGUCCUGUCGGCGCUCUCCAGCUUCGCCGAGCUGCUCUACAGCUCCAUGAAGUGGUUCUGCACCGGCUGGGGGCCGACCUUCGACCCCGAGCAGCAGCACGAGUGGCACAGCCUCAACAACCUGAAGAACGAGGAGGCGGAGGCGGAGGGGAGGCCCGGGAGGCCGCGGCUGGCCGGAGGCUCGCUGAGGAGCAGCAGCGCCAGCAGGAAGGUCUCCAGCGUCGGACGCAAACCCAGGACCGGAAGGUACGGGACCAGCAAGACCCUGCUGGUCUGAGCCAGACCCCCCCCCCCCCCCCCCCCCCCCCCGAAUCAUCCGGGAGGAAAUGAGCUCAGGACGCACUGAUGAGAUUUGGUAUCAGGCGGCGAGGGAUGGUCUGGUGAAUCAUUACUGACUGUAAACACGUGAAGAUGGGGAAGUCCUCUGGAUGACUCGCCGCCGGGUCCUGGAUUUCAGUUUGACCAGGAUCAGGAAAGGUCAAGAGGUCUGAUCUGCUUCAGAGCAAUACUGUCUUUCUUAGAGUAUUUCUUUAUGGGUGAUUGACAUUUUAAUAGAGUUUGUGGUGAUAAUCACUCAUUUGUUCCCUCAGUUUUUUGUUUUUUUUGCCCAAGACUUUUUUUAAAUACAAUGGUUGUUUUUUAGUUGAAACUAUCAUAUUUUUACAGGAGAUUUUGUAAAUAUCAAAUAAUCCGUAUUGAGUUUAUAUGAGGUUUUCAGGUCAAUAAUCUGUAUUAGAGAUGCUUGUUCAAUUCAGAUUUUAUUUUAUGUUAUUGAAGUAUAAUUUCCUUAAUGUAAUUUUUUCAAACACUUGUUGAAAGAUGUGAUGUGGAGGAUUUUAAUAAUUUUUAUGCAUCCACUGAUAAGUAUCCUGAACACAAGUAUCUCAAAUCUCAACAUUUCAAGUGAAAAACAUCGACUGUAUGUAAGAACACAUUGUUUUUCAUUGUUUUGAGAAAGACUGAAAACAAUUCUCUUUUCAUGUUCGAGCUGUGAGUUUAGAACAUUACAAUACUGUGACUCUCAGAUUAUAAGGAAAAAAUGAAUAAAUGAAAUAAGAUCAAACAGAUUGUAGCAGAAAUAUACCAUAAUGGAGGUGGAUGUAUGAAGUACUAAACACAGUUCUUCUGGCUGAUAAUGUGAUUUAUUAAUGAACUGCCUGCUUAUUUCUGGCAUCUGGAGCUGGAUACACUUUUGUAAAGAGUUUCUACACAAUAAUGAAUUCCUUCACCAGUAGUUAAUUUAUCAUUUUCUGAAUCUGAGGCACUUGUGAUCAUCUGGUAAAAGCUCUUCUGGCUGCAAAACAAGUUCUCCCCCGGGGACGGUGAGGAAUCUGCCCAUAAAGAUCCAGAACAUUAAAAGGUGAUGUCAUUGUAAAGAUUUUUGCAGGAAUGCAAAGUUUUUUCCUCUGGAAAUGACUUGUGUCUGAUUUAUGUGCUGAGAGUGAAACACUGUUCUACAGUCUGAGUUUUGUAUCUCAGGAAGGAUCAACUGUAUUCAUUAUAGUUAUAGUUUUUUUUAAUUAGGUUAUUAAGGCAAUAAUGUGUAUAAAGUGCUUAAAUGACA